UUACUGAACCGCCGCCUGCCGCCACUCUCCCGGCGCCCGCGCCUGUCAACCGGCGUCGUCGUCGUCUGUUGGUGCUUCGUUUACGUGGCAUUUGCGUAUUAGCCAGCGUCGCGAGCUGUGGGCGAGACAUCAGUGACAUUCUAUUUGUCCAUUCACCCUCGGCACCGCUCCAGAACGUCGUACUACCCGCGGGGACGGGCCGCCGACUGAGACGCACGGACUUCUGUUAUCUUACCGGCGUCUCGACUGCGCGCCCACACGCCGGCGUGCAACGGACAGCAGCUGUAGGGAACUGCAGCUUUUGUCAGCCCGUGUUAUGGCUUCGGCCUGCUGUAUCAGAAGAUAACGCACCCCCUGAUCGCCGUGUCCCUUUCCACCUCUCCUCUGAGAAAGGCUCCGCCGCUUUUGUUCGAAGCCCUUCCGAGCAGUCGCAGUAGCUUACGUGGAGCGACGCCCCGGCGUACAUUUCACCGGCAUCAUGAAACGCGCCAGUGACAAGGUGGCGUCCAACUCCAACGACCUACCGGGCGACGGCGGCGACGACGACGACACUCUGAAGAAGCGGGACUUGCCGCCGCCUGGCUGGAAGCGCAGUCGGCUGCUGCUGGUCAUGCGGGGCGUUGACGAGGUGAUCUCUUCGCACCUGUUUCUGGCGGCCACAGAGUCUUCGCCGCUGGCCAAGUACCGUCGCAUGCUCUCCAUGUUCGAAAAAUCCGCCCACUUCGCCAUCUGGUUCGGUGGCCUCGUCUUCCUCAUGUGGUUCUUCUCCAUUGACGUGGCAAUCAGGACGUUCCUCUUCAAUGUCUUCCUCGCGAUCAUCAUCGACGCUCUCCUGGCUGCCGCGCUGAAGACCGUCGCGCGGCGUUUCUGGCCCCGGGCAUGCCGCAAGCUGUACGAGCCGUAUACAUCUCGGUUCACCUUCCCCACGGCCUUCACCGUCCCCAUGGUUCUGGUCACACUGAUCGUGGUCAAGCGCAGUCAGGUCGCUUUCAUCUUCAAGGCGCUCACCGUCGCCUGGUGCUUCGCCACGUCCGUCUCAAGGCUCUUCUUGGGAAGGCAGUCGCUCGGUGGCAUCCUGAUCGGCGCUGCCGUGGCCUCCAUCGAGUACGAGGCCGUCGUGGCGAACGUCUGGUGCUCGCAGCGGACGGCCUCCUUUUUCUUCACCGUCUUCGGCGCUCUCGAAGAGCCGGCGCAGGACCCGUUGUUUUGGUGAAGACACCGAUUCAUGGAACGGUGUGACGCGGUGCCGCAUGCAGCGGCUGGCCUGCUGGGCUCUUCUUGACGCGGGCGAAAAGAGGGCUGGUCUUCUGCCUUUUUUUUUUCCCCUUUUUCCUUUUUGAGUUCAAUAAAAGGUUGUCUUUUUGGGCGGGCGAAAGCUGCGGUCUAAGUCCA